UCGCUCUGCUGAGAACAUGCUGAGGGGCGAGGGUGGGACAGGAGACCCUGCCCACUCGUGCUCUGAAACCCGGAGCCUCUACAGAGCCGUCACGGAAGUUCCUCCUGCUGUGGCUUGGGGUGGUUUGGAGAAGCAAAGCAAUAAGUCAAGUCGGCCUCAAAUUUCCUCUCAGUUCUAGGAAGGCCAGGCCACCACAGGGCGAUUUGUACCUGACGCCGCAGGACGCUCUGCGGGGAGAACUGCAAAGACGUGAAAUUCCAGUGCUGGAAGGCCGCGGUCUUUUGCUUUCGGGAGUCCUCGAUUAUGGUGACGCGUCUGACUGCACGAGCUCCCACCUCCCCUCCCAGCGCAUGGCGGGCUGCGCCUCAGUACGGGAUCGCAGGAAGCGUGAACGUGACGGGAGAUGAAGUGAAGAAACUGGACGUGUUAUCCAAUGCCCUGGUGAUCAACAUGCUCCAGUCCUCCUACAGCACCUGCGUCCUGGUCUCAGAGGAGAAUAAAGACGCCAUUAUCACAGCCAAGGACAGGCGGGGGAAAUACGUGGUCUGCUUCGACCCACUGGACGGAUCUUCCAACAUUGACUGCCUGGCCUCCAUCGGAACCAUAUUCGCCAUCUACAGAAAGGCCACAGAGGAUGAGCCUUCUGAAAAGGACGCCCUGCAGCCUGGCCGCAGCAUCGUGGCCGCGGGCUAUGCGCUGUAUGGCAGUGCCACCCUGGUGGCUCUUUCCACGGGGCAGGGAGUGGACCUCUUCAUGCUUGACCCGGCUCUUGGUGAAUUUGUCCUGGUGGAAAAAGAUGUCAAGAUUAAGAAGAAAGGGAAGAUUUACAGCCUCAAUGAGGGCUAUGCCAAGUAUUUCGAUGCUGCCACCGCUGAAUAUGUGCAGAAAAAGAAAUUCCCUGAGGUAUGAACACUGAAGUGCAGAGAGAUGGAAAUAACUAUUGAAAGUCACAAAACUGGAUGUUCUUGCAGAGAGAUGAAGGAACGUGUGUAAGAUGUCACUGCAGUAAGCCCCAUUCGAAGCUCAUUAAACAACUGAGGAAAAGUGGGAACAGAUGUAAACCUGGAUGAACGUC